UUUGGUGAUUUUUCAUUCAUUGAAUGGGAAUGUGGGACGUGGAUCAACUUUGCGCUCGUUGGAAAAGUAGAUAGUGAGCAACUUGGUUGAGAAAGUCAGUAGCUAUUGAUCCUUGAUACCUUUAUUUUUGCUGUUUUUAUGACCUCUUCUUCCAAAACUAGUUUUUGGAGGGAUGAAAACUCCUUGGCUCUGUUAGAGUUGUCCAGUGGCGCCGCCAUCAAAUCGUUGGGAAGAGUGGUACAGUGCUUCUCAAAACUGACAGAGUUUGUUUCGUUGAGGUUAAAACAAGAUAGUUUGACUGUUCACUCUUUGAGUACUGGCAAAUCUAUUGGAAUGGAAUGUACUUUCUUGUCCAGUUUUUUCCAGUCUUUUCAAACCUUUCCAGUGGGCUACCCGGUAUCUUCCAAGUUGCAAGAGAUUGAAGUUCUUACUGUAUCAACCAAGAAUCUUUCAGCAGUAUUUCGAAUGUUAUCCAAUAUCCAUUGGCUUCAAUUGCAUUUAAAGCUGCAUCCUUCAAACCUUUUGAUAGUGACAGUAUCACAGUCAAAGCUUCGAAAGUGUUAUACUAUACCACUUGAACAAAACGUAGUAUCUCGUGUUGUAUAUUCUAUAGCUACUUGUUCUUGUCGUCUUUCCGCAAGACCAAAAAUGUUCCAAGAUCUUCUCCAUAACUUUGAAAGCAAGUUGGAAGAAUUGAAGAUGAUUGCGGAUAAAAAGAGACUAUACUUCUAUUCCAGUGAUAGGACAAGAUUAGUUACACGGAAAAGUAUCCGAUUUCAUACCCUAGUCGCUGUAGAUGCUACUGAGUUUGAUGAAUAUUGGAUACAUUCACUCGAUGAAGAUUCGAUUCAGUUGGGGUUUCCAUUUGCUGUCUUUCGACAUGCUUUAGAAUUAGCGGAACAACUGAAUGCUUCCUUUUAUGUACAUUUCGAUCAAGCAGGAACUCCAAUGAUUCUCGCCAUAAGAACAAGAGGUGAAUGCUUAUUGGAUAUUGAUUUUAUACUUUCCACUAGAAAGUUGUCCCAGGAGGAACAGAGUCAUAUGAAUACUAGCUCAUUAACGGAGAAGGAACAUUUUAUAUCGAAUUUAUCGCCAUCAAAAGACUCUAAUAACCACUAUGUUCCUCUCCGAGAUGAAAGUACUCAUCUCUUUUCAUCCAAUUCUUAUUCUGUCGGUGUUGAUUCUUUCCAUUUUUCACGCAACUUAUCCAUGGGAGGUUCCUUUAUGAGAGGGCAACAAAGUGAAAACAACUGGAUCCAAACAGAAGUGAACAGCAACAGUGAGGAAGACGAAAAAGAAGAAUAUGUCGAAGGCACACCUCCCAGAUAAGGAGUGAGUAUAUAUAUGUUAA